UAUAGCUUACUUGGUAUCAAUUUCAAAUUGUCCAUCAAAACAAAACAACCUAAUUUCAACAAAAUGUUCAAAUUCAUCGCUGUUUGCUUUUUCGCUGUCUUGGCUGUUGUUGCUGCCAAACCCGGUGUAGUUGCUCCUUUGGCUUAUAGUGCUGCUCCUUUGGCUUAUUCUGCACCUUUGGCUUACUCUGCACCCUUGGCGUAUUCGGCUCCUUUGGCCUAUGCCGCUCCUGCUGCUGCUGUUGUUGGUAGUGCUGCCUAUGUUGCUCCAUAUGCCUCCAGCUACAAUGCUCAUCAUGUUGCCCAUUCUGCUGCCUUCCCAGCCGCAUAUGCUGCUGCCCCAGUUGUAGCUGCUGCCACACCCUUCGCUGCUCCUUUAUUGUUGAAAAAGUAA